AUGAGCCGCCGCCACCGUUCGCCGACGGCGGCACCGCCGCUGGAGGACGAGAACCUCCUCUCCGAGAUCCUCCUCCGCCUCCCCCCGCAGCCGUCCUCCCUCCCUCGCGCCUCGCUCGUCUCCAAUCGCUGGCGCCGCAUCGCCUCCGACCCCGGCUUCUCCCGCCGCUUCCGCCGCCACCACCGCCCCAACCCUCCGCUCCUCGGUUUCUUCGACAUGGACGGCUGCCGCUCCUUCGUGCCUACCCUCGCCGCCCCGGAUCGUUUCCCGCCGGGGCGCUUCUCCCUGCAGCGCGGCGACGACGACUGGUUCCGGUCCCUUGGAAGCCGUCAUGGCCUGGUGCUAAUCUUGAACAGACCCACGAACCAGUUGCUGGUCUGGGACCCUGUCACCGGCGACAAGCACUGGAUUGCCGUUCCCCCGGGAUUCGAGUGCGACUCGGACAGCCCGAUCGGCGGGGCGGUGCUUCGCUCUGCCGUAGACGACCACCAAUUCCUGGUGGCCUUGGUAAGCAUCACCGAGAAACAAGACCAUACAAGAGCCAUCGGCAGCGCUUAUUUGUCGGAGACCAAUACAUGGAGUGAUAUAAUCUCAACACCGCUUCCACCGGCAUGCGAAUCCCGCUUCCAAUUGAAAGCAGAAGACUUGCCACCGGUUGAAUGUCCGACCAUGAUUUAUUCGAGCAUACCUGCUGUGCUGGUUGGGGAUUCCCUUUACUGGUGGCUUUGGGAUAGUUCGUACAACAUCCUCCAAUUUGAUUUGGAUAGGGACAGCCUAGCCGUGAUACCUCCACCGGUGGACUUGUAUGACAGUCAUGUCAACUUCUCGGUUAUGCGGGCAGAUGAUGGAGGGCUUGGUUUCCUAUUUGUAUCAAAGUUCAGUGUUCAGUUGUGGAAGACGAAGGUCAUUUGUGACUGUUUUGCUUCGUGGGUGUUGGGAAGAACAAUUGAAACAGACAAGCUAUUUCCGCUGGAUUCAAAGGAGAGAGAGUCUCCAAUGAUAGUAGGAUUUGCUGAGGAGAAUAAUGUGGCUCUCAUGUGGACAGAAGGCAGUCUCUUCAUGUUCCAGCUUGAGUCGUUGCAGCUCAAGAAGCUCGUGGAAACCAGAAUCUCUUUCUAUCACCCAUUCGAAAGUGUCUAUACUGCAGGUAUCUACAUUUACAUUCUGGUGGCUGAGAUGCAGAAAUGGUCUGUCGAGUAUAGUUCCUUCCGUCUGCAUGCUCGACAUGGAAAACUGAACCUCUAUCUAGCAGCAUACAGUGUUCAGCUCUGA